GCGUGACGUAUAUAUGGCGCGUCAGUUGGCAAGGCAACGCCGAGACAGCGACGGCAUCUCUUCCGGCAGAGAUCGGCGCUUUGCUUACAUCGAACGCAUUGUGUUUGAUCGUACUUUAUCUGUCGGCAGUUCGCCGUUCAUGGUUGAAUUGAUACGAUGAUAGGUUCUUCCCUGGGCGCGUUGGGAGGGAAGGUCGUGUUGGCGUCCUCGAGCGACGAGGCUCAGCCGCCGCGAAACAUCAUCGACGGCAACGCCGAGACGUUCUGGAUGUCCACCGGGAUGUUCCCGCAGGAGUUCAUCGUCCGCCUGGCUGAGACCACUGGCAUCGACCAAGUGACGAUAGACAGCUAUAACGUUAAGAGUCUGAAGAUAGAAACAAACACAUUGGAUACCUUUCAAGACUUUCAAUCUGUCGCAGAAACAGAAUUUGAACAAACCGAAGGUCAACUGCAAUCAAAUGCUAUUUCACUAAAAGGAACCACUGCUUCCCAUCUGCGGUUCAUCAUCACCUCGGGAUACGAUCCUUUUGUCUCAGUGCACAGGGUCAGCAUUCAGACCUAGUCUUCCAGGGCCCAGCACUGGCAAGAUGUCCUUUUCCAAAGUGUAUAGGGGCCAGGUCAGUUAUAUUUUUGUAAUUGUCAAUGGCAUGGCCAAGUGUGUCACAUUGUGUCAAGCUCUUAAGGAAAUUACUUUACAGACAGUCAGUUUGGAGAACUAGCAUAAUACAUGUUGUAUGUCUUUAGUUUAAUUAUCUUGGAAAUGCAGCCUGAGUUAAAUGGAUUAAAUCAGUUAAAUCAGCCGUAUCGCCUGCAUCUUUCUUUUAAAUUGCAUUUUACAUAUCAACUUCAAUCACUUUUGAUCGAGGGACUAUACCUAUCGCUCAAUUCUUUCUGUUUUGUCUUUUGCUCAAAAAUUUUGGGAUGCAGCUCUAUCCACUAUUCGUAAUGAUGUUUACCUUCUGUACAGCUGCUCUCAUUAAUUUCUCACUCUUA